GGUGUCGAUUCUGCCAAUGUCAAGCCAAAGUCGUGUUUUAAUGGAUUUUCAAUUGUAAUACUUAUACGAGAUAAGAACCACAAUUAACCAUUUAGACAUGAUUUUUACUGAAUGUAACAAAACAAGAUUAUUAAAGACAUCAGUUUGGAGUUACAUAGUAGAAAUAGCGCAAUGAAGGCUCUUUUUGUUUGUAUAAUAUCCUGCUUGGUCAUCCUGAAAAGUGAUGGCCUCUCAAGUAGGUAUCGGCCCAGAUACAUCUCUAUGGACAACAGGAUGACAUGGGAGGACAGUGUCGACUCCUUGAAGGCAACAACACGUGUGCCCGACCCUCCAGACCAUACAAAGACGAUAGCUAUGGCCCGAUAUGUGCUUCACAAUACUGAUUGGGCGUCCGUAGCCACGAUUUCAACUCAGACUGCUAUCAAGGGCUUCCCCUUCACAAAUGUUAAAUCCAUCGUAGAUGGUCCAGUAGACAAUUCUACCGGAAUCCCUUACUUCUACAUGUCACCUCUGGACUUUACUGCUAAGGAUCUCAUGAAAAACAGCCGGGCCACCUUGCUGGUUUCGCUGCAGCAGUUGGACUACUGUGAGAAGAAGAAUUUGGACCCAGAAGACCCGCGCUGUACUCGACUCAUGUUGUCUGGCAUAAUGAAAAAGGUCAAAGAGGGCACUCCAGAGUACGUGUUCGCAAAGGCUGCUUUGUUCGCGAGACAUCCAGCGAUGGCUGACUAUCCAACAGAUCACAACUGGUUCGUGGCCAAGAUGAAGAUCGCGCAGAUCGCCAUGAUAGACUGGUUCGGAGGCGCCACCUACAUCCCAGUGAAAGACUACUUAUCUUUCAAUUACACAAACGUAUUUCAGCGGCGUCAUUUUAGAAGAUUCUAAUCAUGCAAAUAAGGCCUAGAUGUGCAUUAUGUAUUUUAUGAUUUCCAUUUGUUUUUUCUUUUUUUUAUUAUUUCACUAAUAGAGUAGAUGGAGAUUAAGAUAUAGGCCAAUUUUUUACUUCUCAUUUUUUAUGCUAUCGGUUCAAAAUAAACUGAAAUAAAGAGGAUAUUAGCGUUCGGGCAAUUAAUAGGUAUCUGAAAUGUUUUGUGUAAAUAUAUAUCAUUGGUAGGAAACAGCUCAUUGAUUAUUAGUUGGAUGAGUAUUAUGAUGCAAAUUAAAUUGUCUUAACUGUUGUGGUAUAGAGAUAAGUGAUUUUUUAUAUUAUAGUUCCAUUUACCAAUGUAUAUAAAUAGUUAUAAAUGGAAUUUAAUUCUGUGAUCGAUCGGAACUAUGACGGGCUUUUUUUAUGCGUUCCGUAUUAUUACAUUAUGCAAGUUCUUAUAGGCUGUGCUAUUUGUCCGUAGUCAUUUCUAUUUCUUCUGCAUAAUUUAGGCUAUGUUAGUUAAUGUUAUACUCAGUAUAAAAUGCUUUAAUGUCCAAGGAUGUAUUGUAUGUAUCGUAACAAAACUGUGCCACAUUUAAAAUUCAAUGAAUAGUUUUUGGCAUUCAGUUUUGACUAAUAGCGAAGAUCAUUUAAGUUGUUUAAUUCCUGUUAUUCAUAAAAAAGACAAAGCAUACUUUGAGCUAAAGUAUGAUUUGUCACUAUCGCAUUUUGCAAAAUUUGGCAUUGGCAGCACGAGACACACUAGCUUAAAGUAUGCUUUAUCUUUUUUAUAAAUAACAAGGUAGAAAGUCAACUUACCAAAUCUGUAACAUUAACUUAAAAUCGAACAUCUAUAAAAUAGAUUAUUUGUUCAAAAUAUCAAUUUAUAAUGUGUUUGCAAUAAAACGUUAAAGUUCAACAA